AGCUUUGGCGACAGGUGAAGAUGCUGUUUCCUGCGUGGCUAUUGGCUGUGGCCGUUGUGGGCGUGGUCAGAGGGGUGAAAGGUCAGUGCUGGGAGAACCCUCGCUGUCAUGACCUCAGCUCUGAGAACAGCAUCCUGGAGUGUAUCCAGCUCUGUCGUUCUGACGUCACCACCAAAUCUCCCAUUUUCCCCAUCAAGGUGCAUCUCCAACCCCCGUCCCCCUCCAAUUCUGACUCUCCUCCCCUCUACUUACCUCUGUCCCUCCUCUCCCCAUCCUCCCCCCUGUACCCCACGGAGGAGCAGAACAGUGUGUCCCCCCAGGCCAAGCGUUCCUACUCCAUGGAACACUUCCGCUGGGGAAAGCCUGUGGGCCGUAAGCGUCGGCCGGUGAAGGUCUACACCAACGGUGUGGAGGAGGAGUCCUCCGAGGCCUUUCCCAGCGAGAUGAGACGAGAGCUGGGCACCGACGACGCUGUGUACCCCUCCCUGGAGGCUGGGACUGCAGAGGGGGGCGAGGCAGAGGGCACGGAGGGGGUGUUUAGUCUUCAGGUGAAGAAAGACAAGAUGAACCACUUCCGCUGGAGUGGACCGCCCGCCAGUAAGCGCUAUGGAGGGUUCAUGAAGAGCUGGGACGAAGGCAGUCAGAAACCAUUGCUCACGCUGUUCAAAAACGUCAUUAUCAAAGACGGACAGCAGAAGAGAGAGCAGUGGGGGAGGGAGGAAGGGGAAGAAAAGAGGGCAUUGUGGGAGAGGAAAUACCAUUUCCAGGGUUGAGGGAGGAAGAGAAUGUCACUGUAGGACUUAGAGCCAGUAAGCUCUCAUUUGAUUUGCCAUUAGGAGACAGACCUGUUUUGUGAUUGGCUAAAAGCACUGUCCUCUGACGUCGCGAUGAUGUUAGCUAAUGUAGCUACUGUAGUUUUGUCUCCAAUAAAUCCUAACUCUGUACAGAA